UGUCUUUACGCAGCUCCUCCCACUGGAUUCCAGCAUCGUGGAAGAGCACAAGAGAGAGAUCCUGGAGGCCAAACAGAUCGCCCGCAAACUCACCAUGGUGCUCGUCCCCUCCGAAAAGACAGAGGACAAGGAGAAGGAAAAGGAGAAGGAAGAGGAAAAGAAUGAGAAGCCUCCUGAUAACCAGAAGCUGGGGCUGCUGGAGGCGCUGCUGAGGAUCGGUGACUGGCAGCAUGCUCAGAGCAUCAUGGAUCAGAUGCCAGCUUUCUACGCCACCUCCCACAAGGCCAUCGCCAUCGCACUGUGCCAGCUGCUGCACCUGAUCGUGGAGCCGCUCUACCGCAG